AAUAUUAUUAAUAUAUAUAUAUAUUAAUAGUAAUAAUUCUUAAAUUUCCCCAUGACCACUCCCUAUAAUCUUAGAAAGAAAGAACACAUUGGAUAAUGCAAUUCCAGAUUUCCCAAAGAUGGGAUGGUCAUGACUGGAAUGCAUUCGAUUGUGUCAAGUUGAUCAAACCCGACUUGUGAAUCAUGAACAACUUUAACACAGAUUUAGAUUUUAUUCAAUUGCAGUUACCUCCCUUACACCACACAGAUUUUUGUUUAUGAAAUUUACGUUCGUGACCUUUGGAACGGGUUUCCGAUAAAGGCGGGCACAUUGAUCAAGAGGGAGUGCGUUUGUUGGGUGAAGUCAUAUUUUACUGUAGCAUAAGUUUAAACAUUCAGUGAAUCAUGGAGAAGCCAGUAACAGAAAGGAGAAACCCAAUUACAACAAACAUUGAUGUGUCAACACCUCAGGAAAUCGUGAAACUCUUAGAAUCAUGUGAUUCAGAAAUAUUUUCUGGUUGGGGAAAAUAUAAGGAUCAAAACGUUUUCAGCGAUGUUGUACUGAAUACAAUUGCUACCGUACAACAACUUGCGACGUCUCUCAUACAAGACCCUGUCCGAAGUGCAGUUGUUCUCUCUGGUUGCGGUACAUCAGGGAGGUUGGCCUUUCUCUUGGCUAGAGCCAUGAACAACAGACUGAAAGAAACAGGAUCGAAUGAACCGUGUUUCCGUUACAUAAUUGCUGGAGGUGACGAGGCACUGUUUACUUCACAAGAACUUUACGAAGAUGAUCCUCAAUUAGGUGCGGAUAUACUGGAGACAGCAACGGUGGAGAAAAGCCGAGUACUAUAUGUAGGCAUUACUUGUGGACUUUCAGCGCCGUUCGUGGCCGGACAAUUGGACUAUUGUAUCAAGCAUUUGACGAAGUACACGCCGGUUCUAAUUGGGUUUAAUCCUAGCUGCCUGUCAAGGAAAACCAACAUCGAAAAAUGGGGAGGGAAGAGCUUUUACGAUGUUAUGAAAUCAUAUCUUCCAGUUGUCGCAGAAGGUAAGGCCUUUCUAAUUAACCCCAUUGUCGGGCCUGAAGCUAUUUGUGGUUCAAGUCGAAUGAAAGGUGGAUCGGUUACAAAAAUUAUAUUAGAAAGCAUUUUUAUUCCAGCUCUUUUGCAGUCUCUGGGAGGCUUUAAUUCUUUAAUGAUGCCUUCGAUAUUUAACAUAAUCGCUGGCUAUCAAUCUGUCUGUCGGAGUGUUUAUUCUAAAUCAGCUCAGAUAGCAAAGGCGAUAGAAUUAUCUGGAACAUGUCUCCAGUCAAACGGUCAUCUCUAUUACAUUGGUUAUAACAGCAUCGGUAUUAUGAGCUUAAUUGACGCCUCGGAAUGUUGCCCAACUUUUGGGUCAGAUCCAACAGAUGUAAAUGCAUAUCUUGUUGGGGGUUAUCAUACAUUGGCUAACCAAGAAGGGGAUCUCAGUGUCCAAAAUAGAGGGUCAGAUAUAUCGCUGAAACAUUUUAAUGAAGUUGUAGCUAAGCAUUUCGAAGAAAGUGACUUGGUUGUUGUUUUAAACGACGACGAACGAGAUGUUACCCUAACUUCACCCUCUUUAUCUAAAUGUAAAACAAUACAAAUUCAUUUAAAUUCCUUUGAAAAAACUAAACCCCAACUACAAAUAAAUAAUUCAUUUAUUAAUCUUGAAAUGCCUUGGCAUGAAAUCUCCGAUUUAAUAGAUUGUAAAGUUGCUAAAGAAUGGUCAACAGCAUUUUGUGAAUUUGCUGCUAAAUUGGUCCUCAACGCAAUUUCUACUGGAGCACAUAUCUUAAAGGGGAAAGUUUUUCAGAAUAUUAUGGUGGACUUGAAAUUAAGUAAUAACAAACUUUACCACAGAGCAAUUGGAAUUUUAACAGAUUUCACAGAACUGAGUCAAGAAGAGGCAGCGGAACAGAUAUUGCGUGUGUUGUACGAUUCCGAUGAAUUAUCACAGGAACAGUUAUGUCAACCUAUCAGCAGACGUACACAAAUAGCGAAGAGGACACCAAAAGUGUUACCGACAGCUCUUUUGAUUGGUAUCAAUAGAUGCUCAGUAAGUGAAGCCAAGCAGAUAUUGUCUGGCCACAUUGCAGUGAGAAAAGCCAUAGCAGAUAAUGUUAGACAUAUACAAUAACACGAACCUCUCGAAGUACAAUAAGUAAACCAUGGCAGACAAUAUUUGUUUUAAACAGUGACACGGACCCCAUGAAAGGUAACCGGUGGAAGAUUAAUUUAAAACAAGUGCAGCGAUCAUAUGGAUUUAUUGAGAAGCAGUUAAAGAUCAAAUAAAGAAAUAUAAUAAUAUCAAUAAUUGGUACCGCAUUGUCUUAUUCUGAAGAAGUCAUAUUUUCAUAUUGAAGUUACCGUUAUACGGUUAUCUCCUUCGCAUUCACUGUCUUUCCCCUUUCAUCCAACUUUCAGCUCUCCUCAUUCAUUUUCUUUCGUUCAUAUUCCACUACACUUUCCCUCACCUCAAUGCUUUUAUAUUAUUCAAAUUAACGAGUCGUAAAACUUCAAUUAACUGAGAUUAUCUAUGCAAUUAAUAGACAAGAUUCCAGUCUGGGGUGUUUAAAAAAAAAAAAAUAAAUAAGGGGGAUAACCAAUAGAUUGGAUCACAAAUCUUUGUGAGUAUAUAGAAAAUGCAGCACAGAAAUGGAUCUGGCUUUUAAACGAAAACAACGAACAUUGCCCUGGUCUUAUUAGACCUCUGCAGUGAAGCAUAUUCUUCUCAUUUGGUAAAAGUAAUAGUUAUCCGAACAUCUGAUGAGGGGAACGUGUCCUACCCUAGAGAAACUAAGUAAUGCAGAGCUGAGUCAAACUUAUUAAGUACAACAAAACCUCUCGUUUGUUCACUUAUACAUACAUGCUCCUUAUAUAUAUACGAGAGGGUGCUGAAAAGUCCCUGGCUUUAAGGGUAUCACAAAAGACCUAGUUGGAGACCCAAUCUUCUGAGUUCUUUUACAGGGCUUAGAAAAACUGAAGGAUUGCUUCAAUAAGUGUGAAUCUUGGGGGAUAUGUUGAAUAAAAUCAUAAUUAACUGAUCCUCUUGUAUUUUCUUUUAACAAAAGUCAGGAACUUUUCAGCACUCCCUCGUAUAUAUGUGUGCAUACACAAUAACCCGUGUCCUCUAUCUCUCUUCUAGUCCACCACAGUUCCUCUUCACCACUACUGCCCGGAAGCUCUACAGGAGUUACUCCUAUAUAU